GCCGCGUUCUUAUCCUACUUUUUUUUUAAUUCGUGUCGGUUCCUAUCCGAAAUACUUCGUAGCCUUUUCACUCUUCCGCUUACCGCAUGCCGUCAGAAAAAUUGGACCAUUCUCACCCAACCGAGCACGGUAUAACAUCCUCGACAAUUAUGCAAAAGACGAGCGAUUCAUUCCGUAACCAUAUCAACCCUUCGUCCGCUUCCUUUAUCCGUGAACCUAUUGAAAGGUCGAAAGCGCAAAGUCAAACUGUUUACAUCACUUCGGGUUACGGAUGGGAUCAGUCCUCGCAAACUGUGACGUUGUAUAUAACUGUGAAGAAUGCUCACUGCAUUUCGAAUGAUCAAUAUGAACUUAACGCACAGUCAAAGAGCAUCCAACUGGAUAUACGGGAUCAUGAAGGGGCCAACUAUAAUUUCAAGAUUGCACAGCUAUACGGCACGAUCAUCCCCAAUAAAACAAAGAUCAAGGCUUCCAAAGUGGUCAUUUAUUUGGAAAAAGAAGAGGUUGGCAGAGAAUGGACGGAUCUUCGUGCAAAGAGCACCCGCGACAUGUAUCAUCAACUUGAGAGAGCCGAGAAAAAAGGGGCAGUGCAUGAGGCGCCGACCACGUCUGCCGGAAAAGAGUCAGUGCAGGAUAUGAUGAAUGCGAUGCUGCAGCAAGCGGACGAGAAAACAAGGAAAAUGAUGGAAAAAUCCAUGUUGGAAGCUCAACAAACGUUUUUGGCGAAAAAACUGGAUCCUUUUCUUCCUCCUGACAUGGAACCUGUCAGCGGCAAUGUUCCCAAACACACGUGUCACCAACAACAUCAGCAUCAGCACCAACAUCACCAUACUUGAUAUGAUCGUAUCGUUACGUUACGUUUACUUAUUUACAUGACCAUUUUUUAUUAAAGCA